UCGUUGUACGCUUCAAACGGCCAACUGAUCCAUCGAUUUGAAUCGUACGGUCGUAUUAACGUCUCAUAAUAGUCGUUAAUACGACAAACAAAUCGGGGCGCAAGUAACGUCCUUUCGUGAUAAUCGGUGUGCUAGACGAUCGACGCUCGAAUCAGUAACGAUCGAAUUUUCGUUGGAACUAACAGCACGCGACUCGGUUUUCACGAUUCUUAAAUUAGUCGUUAUUCGACGUGGAUUCGCGUUCGCGCACGCUGCCUCCGACGGCUUGCAUCGGUUCGUUUUCAUCUCGAAACAGAGAAAACCGAAAAUACACGGUUUGACGUAGAACGGGCGUUACGAGUAAGCAAACGAGCAAAAUCUAUCUUGUAUUUGUUUCCUUUCGUCUCUACACCGCGAAACGGAUACCUCGGCGGUUGACUUCGUUUAAGAACAACUUCGAUUCCACUAAUCUCAGCUUGCGGUCCAAUUCCACGCGAGUUCUUCGCAAUUCGAGCGAAACGGCCCUUUCUCCCUCAUCGUCUUCCCUUCUAGAUGAGUCGCAGGAAGAUUCUUGGAAGAGCUUCGCUUUCGUUUCCCGCGGUCGACGGUAUUCUCGACGUGGAUCAAAUUCUGCAAACGGAUCCGUGGAAACAGAUCGACGAUUUCGUGCAAGAAAACUUUACGCAAGAUAUCUUGAACGAGUUUAACGAACGGCUGAGGCUCGAACCGAAACUCACCCCCGUAGAUAAUUCGACGCCGGGGAAAAGACGAGCGACAUCGUCCGGAAGAUCGCCUCGUAACCGUGGAGCGAGUCGAACGAACGAAGAAAAAUCGCCCAAGAAGAAAUUGGAUGAUCAGCCGCAGUUGGAAGAUGUCCCAAAAGUAACCGUGAAGAAAUCGAGAGCAACGAUACCCGAUAAAAGAAGCGGAAAGUGUAAAAACGAGGAAAAGCAGAGAAUCGUCGACGAUCCGUCUGGGACGAAACGACAACGCGAAGCGGAAAAUACAGAUUCGAUGAACGAUCAAAUGGAAAAUACGGCAAAAGACGCGACCACGAAAUCCGCGAAUCUGUCGAAGAGCGCGGAUUUAAAGUCACCGUUUAGAACAAGUACGCCGAGACGCGACGAAGCUUCCGAACAGGACAAUCUCAUCGGCAAGGACGCUACCACUGAUACGGAGCGCGAUAUUUCGGCGUCUAAUUCUUCCGUGAGGAGUAACGCUUCGACGAACUACUGCAGCGCGAGAGAUGCUUGCGUGACAAAGGAUGUAGACAACAAUAAUAAUGCCGCUACUAAGAAGGACGAGAGUAAGGAGGAAAAGGUAAAAUGCAAGCAUAAAAAGACGGAGAAAGCAAAGAAAAAGAAGAAGCGUGGAAGUAACAAAACAUCGGACCUAUCGAUGAAGACAGCGUCAAGAUGCAAGAAACACGAUAAAGAUGUGGCAACGGCAGAGACGAAGCGGAUCGGAAAAGAGAAGCAUUUACUGAAACAAUGCCGAAGACGUUACAAAGGAAAGAUACGACGGAUCGAAAGAAAAGUAGAUCGGACCAUGGAAACGUAUAUUCAUCACGUCACACGUAUAAUUAAGAAAAUGGGUUAUUUACCAGAAGACAGUUCGUGCUCCGAGGACGACGACAGUUAUUCCGAUUGCUCCGACGAAUCGUCUUACUGUAGUUCCUAUUGUUCCGAUAGUUGCUGUUCCUAUUGUUCCGAUGGUUGCUAUUCCGUUUGCGACUACUCGGAGUACUCUCUGUUUUCUUGUUCUUGUUCUUCUUCGUCUUCUUCCUCUUCCUCUUCUUCUUCCUCUCCUUCCUCUUCUUCUGCGCGUGGACUCUUGUCCCGGUCGAAAGCAAAGUGAAUACACUACGGAUUAAUGAUUUAUCGAACUAAGUUUUUACAGAUGAAAUUAAUGUUGAUCGAUCGUUAAUUUUCUCGUAAAGUCGUUUACCUUUAAAUCCAAUUUAUCGAGUCAACGCGAAAUUAUAUGUAUGUGAAUGUUUGUCCGAAUCAGAGGUAUAUAAAUAAAGAAUUUGCUACAUAUUCCCGAAAA